AUGGGCUUGUACCAGAAAUGGAUGAGCUUACCAGUGAAAGCUCGUUAUUAUGUCGGAUUUUCUACCAUUGUUAUGGCUGUAAUUGGUGAUUAUGUUACAACGAGAAUAAAUGACGAGGUUAAAGCUCGUGAUUCGAUCAUUGCUCAAAUGGAGUACGAUAGUCAACAAAAGAAGAACUGA